AUGAAACAGAAGGGACCGGCGGAAUCUCCCUUCGACUUGAUCGUGGCAACCCUCGUCGUCGGCGAGCUAGCCUUCUCUCUUGCUUCCGCUGUCAUUGUCCUGCAUUUCCAAUUUCGUGCCUCCGCCUCCCCUUGUCGGCUCCGCUGCCUCCACGGCCUCAACUCCCUUUGGUCCAUUCGCCUCCUCCUCGUCCUCCUCGCUUCCCUCCUCUCCCUCCUUGAACUCCUCCGUCUCCCACUCCUCCGCCACCAAUUCCCGUCCUCUCUCUCCCCCCGUCUUUGCGCCGCCUACUCUUUCCUCUCCCCCUGCCUCGCCGAGCCCGCAUUUUUUUCCACUCUCCUCUUUCUCCUCCGCGCCUCCAUCCAUCCCCACAAUACCCCGACCUCCCUCUCCCUCCUCUCUGCCUCCGCUUCCGCCUUCGCAGCCUCCCUCCCCUUCCUCUUCCUCCAGACCCUUUUCCUGGUCCUCCCUAACUCUUUCCUCCUCAGCCUCGGCCUCCCUCCCUAUUUCCUCGGCCACGCCGCCGCCGCUGCCGACGCCUUCUCCCAACGGCAUGCCCGCGCUCACCGUCGCAUCCCCUGCGGUGUAUCACUUUUCUCCACAAUACUCCUUGCCGCCAUCGCAGCCGUCUACGUACCCCUCUUCAUCUCCGCGAUAUGGAGCGCCGUUGCUAUCGUCAUCAACAAACGCCUCCGAAUCCGCCUCUACGCCCUCUCCGCCACCGUAACAGCCGCCCUCUCAGUCCAGAUAGCGGCGCGAGCCCUUGCUGCGCUGUGGGUCCCAACGUCCCCUGUCAGCCAGGCGCUGCACCUCGCCUCCUUCUUCGCACUGCUCUCCGCUGUCGUCGGUGGUGAGGCCAUCCUCGUCGUCCAACCCGUCGUCGACUCGCUCACCGCCGUGGGUGCCAACGACAAACGCCUGCGCUCGUGCGGCCAUCGCGCCGGGGAUGGCAUCGGCGGAGUUUAG